CCCGCCGGGACAGCGAUGAUGGCGGCCCGUGUCCUCUCGUCCUGCGCCCGCCGCCUCCUCCCGCCGCCCGCCCGCCCCGCCGCCCUCCGCGCCCUCCGCCGCCUCGCGCCCGCCGCGCCCGCCCCGCCCGCCCCCCCGGGCUGCCCCGCGCUGCCCGCGCUCCUGCGGGUGUCGCGCGCGGCCGCGCUGCCAUGCCGCCGCUUCUCCGACAUGCCGCCCCUGACCUUGGCCGACAUCAAGGAACGGGUGCUCUACGUGCUCAAGCUCUACGAUAAGAUCGACCCCGAGAAGCUCACAGCCGAGUCCCACUUCAUGAAGGACCUGGGCCUGGACAGUCUGGACCAAGUGGAGAUCAUCAUGGCCAUGGAGGACGAAUUCGGAUUUGAAAUUCCUGACGGAGAUGCAGAGAAGCUGAUGUGCCCACAGGAGAUUGUAGAUUACAUUGCAGAUAAGAAGGAUGUUUAUGAAUGAAGCAGUUCCUCAGGGCUGAGAGCUGUCCCACACCAGGCCUGGGCUGGUGCCGGUGCGGAUGGAUGGGAGCGCACACGCUGUCCCGCUGGGGCUUUCAUCUGGAAGCUGCACGUGGAUGUUGUAUUUAAAGCUGUCUGAAUGUGUUGUCCUUUAAAAACAAGAAAAAAACAGGAAUAAACAGUUAAGACCA